CGACGAGGGCAGGCUAGCGGAUAUACGGAGCGCCAGCCUUGCGCACGGCCAGUGCGCUCCUCUCCAAAUGAUCCGGGGGAAAGGGUGUGUAGCAGGCCCCUAACGUCACUCCAGGGGAGUUGCGAGUGAUUUCUGCACUUCCCCAAAAGUUGAGCUGGAGUUUGAUCACUCAAGAGGGCACCGAUGUUCUCCUCGCAGCGCACAUGAUCUCAGCCCGGCCGUCUCCCUUCCCUUCCCUCUUUCUUCGGUGUAUUUAUUAUUUCAGAGAGUUGUCGAGAAUGUGUAGCAGGCAAAGGGAGAAGGAAUGGCAGUGGACAAUUUUCCUAUUAUUUCUGAACUUCCCAUUCACUGACGGCUCUUCGUCCUCUUAUGACUUGUUUCAGCAGUCUGCAUACACUGGAGUGGUGCACAGACACAGAAAUAGGAAUUGGUGUGCCUAUGUGGUGCACAGGAACGUGAGUUGCGCCGUCCAGGGAGGAGUGGAGAGUUUGGAGGAGCCGGUGCUGGCUCCCUGCCCCGCCUACCAGCCGGACUGUGAGCAACAAGUGACGUUUAAAACUCGGUUUCGACCUACAUAUAAAAUUGCCUUCAAGACUGUCACAGAGUUAGAAUGGAGAUGCUGCCCUGGUCACCAAGGACCAGACUGUAAAGAUUUGAAAACAUCUCCCAAACAACAAACUGUGCAGGGAACACAACCUUACCUCCAGCCCAAUCUUGGCUAUACCACCAGACAUACCCAGAGGCCAGAGCGGAGAGAGACAGGGCACCAUGAAGUGAGACACAGUGGGACAGAUAAGGUGCGUCUUCUGGAGGGUGAAGUUCAGCGCCUCUCUCAGACAGUCCUGGACCUCCAGACAGCUUUGACAGGGUUAACUGCCAACCUCCGCACAGACUUGCAGGAGGACACCAACAAGAUGCUGGUUACUCUCCUCAACAAUAUGCGGCCGCCAGACAGUGGCAUGUCUACAGGCAUGGAGGAGAGCCCAGCUGUGCUAGAUGGUCACCAAACUACUAGAGCUGGGUUAGGUGGGGACAGGGGAGUAGAAAACAUAUUGGCCAGGUUGGAUGACUUGAGCAAUGCCCUAAAGAGCAAAGAUGAAGCUUUGGAAGAACUAAGAGGAACAGUGACAAGCCAUGAGGGGCAAAUCAGGUUGCUAAUGGAUGCCUCACAAUCUCAGGCUCCAGCCAUGGUGGAAGGUAGUGCUCCCACUGACCUUGAUGUUCUUCAGACCUACAUUGAUAAUAAGCUUGAGAAGCUUAAGAAGGAGCUAGAUCAGAGUGUGGAGGAACAUAUGAACAAGUUGCAAAGCUCCUGCAAUGACACAAUCCAGACCCUACAAAAGACCUGUGAAGAGGGUCACGAUCAAGGCCUGGUCAGCCUGUCCAAGCUGGUGGACACCAAAGAGGCAGACCUCAGGAAGGAGAUCAGGGAGCUGCGUCUGGACAUGGUUGCUGCAGACGGACCUAUACGGACUCAAAGACAGACUGAUCCAUCCAAACAGGAAGUGGAUCGCAGCGACUACAAAGACUUGUGGCGUGAGAUUGGCCGCAUUGCAGAAGCUCACCGCACCCUGAACGUUCGCAUUGACAACGAGCUGGCCCACCUGUCGGCACCUCAGCUGGAUGAUGAGUAUGGCCCACUCAUUGAGGAGCUAGAGACACGCAUAAACAUCACAGAGCAAAAUUCAGAGCUUCAAUUGUUCUAUAUAGAAGAAAAACUGACACAUACGAUUGCAGACAAAGUAGCAGCACUUCAGCAGACACUGGAUGAGCGUCUGAACAACAUGGAAGACCAGUUCACCAACAUGCUGGUGGAAAUAAGCAAUAACUCAUUCCCUGGGAUUGGGGACUCCAUGGAUGCCAUCCAGGCAGAAGUCAACCAAAACAAGUUCCUCCUCCAAGGCUUGGAGGACAAGGUCAACGCUGUUGGAGAUUUGUGCUCUGCAGGAUGUACAAGUACAGAAGGUGCUGUAAGUACAGACAGUUCUCCUCCUAUAUCAGACAAUCUGAAAAACAUCAUGAAGGAUCUACAACUGGUGUAGGAUGACGUGGAUGUUCUCAACUCAGACGUCAAUAGCAACUCAGACAAGCUGAAGCAACUAGAAGAUUUUAUCAACAGGGAGUCAGUUGGACACCAGAGAAGUGCCAAGACCAUGGAGGACUUUCAAAAGGGAUUAGUCAAUCUCCAAGACAAUGUGAUUGGCCUGGCUGGUGCUGUUAAAGAGUUGGGUGACUCGCUCAGCAAAUACACCCUGGAUCUUCAGAGAGUGAACACAACAUGCUGCCAGGCAGGCAGACCAGCACAGGACUCAAGUUUGGGGAAAGGGGGCAUCUCCAAAUGGGGGGAGCUUAGGAACAGACUCGAUACUCUCAGCAAUCAGAUGUCAUCUGAACUGAGCCGAUGUGAGAGAACACCAGGUGUCACGGACAAAAUUUCGGCUGUAGAUGGACGUGUGACCAGACUUGAAAAGGUGUGCGGAACGAUGGAUGAAAUGUCUGCUGGUGUUGAAAGAAAGGAUGAGCUUGAGAGGCAUGUUGCCGGUCUGAGGGACCGGGUUCACGGGAUGAACGCCACCGUGGGGACUCACACCAGCGACAUCAGAUCACUACAGAGCUCCUUGCAGAGCUUCCAGAAGCAGCUCACUGCGAUGGCAAAGCAGGUUGCCAAGGACACUGCUGCCAAAGAGCCAGGAAUAACCCGAAGACCAGAGAGGCCUAGUUCUUUGCCGGACCCGAAUCAGAACAAACCCAGAAUAACACACAUCCCUCAGAUCCACAUCCCCCUCAUUUUCCCCCACCAGCCAUCUGGCUCCAGGCCAGCUCACAGUCCCCGCCAGCCAGCCAGGCAGCCAACCAGCCCUGUCUGGCCCAACACACACCGGCAGCCCUCCAGCCCCCAACGGCCGGGACAGCCCACGCUGACCCUGGUCCCUAGGAUCCCGGUGGUGGAGACCGGAGAGGCCGGACCCCCUGGCUACUCGCGAAGGGUGACGGUUCGAAGGGGGUCGGAGGACUUGUCGUCCGUGCCCGUGAAAGGAUUCGCUGGAGCUCCAGGCUACCCACCUGCAAAACCCGUGUCGUUCAACCCUCACAUCAACCCAGUUCCUGUAGCUGUGCAGGUCCCCUGGAAGCCGGUUUAUCAGGCUCCAGCAGUGUCACCAGUGUCGUUAGACAGCGGUGCAGAUCCCUUCUCUUUCUCCGCCGGCCUGACUCAGCAGCCCUUCUCCGGAGGCUUCGGCACCAUCCGUUUCAACAGGGUUUUCGUCAAUGAUGGCGGACACUACAGCCCAAACACAGGGAUAUUCACCGUACCGACUGACGGCCGCUACCUGAUCUCUGGUCUGCUGACGGCGAAGCAGGGCGACCGGGUGGAGGCCGUCCUGUCCGUGUCCAAUCGCAGCGUGCAGAGGUUGCAGAGCUCGGCGGGGCCCGGGGCCGGAAGGCACGGGGGUCCGGCCAGGGGAAGCUGCGGCUGUGGGGGCUCCGUGUCCUUCAGCCUGAUCCUGCCCCUGAGGAAGGGAGACCGGGUGGCGCUGGUGAGGACCGCAGGCCAUCUCGCCACCACAGAAGCCAGGGAGAUCCUCUCCACCCUCAGCGCCAUCUUCCUCUACGCACCGCAGGCCCCAAAGAUAGCUGGCGCCGUCCCGACCGACCGACCCCGGCAGAGGACUGGUUUGCUCCCAGUCAGCUGAGCAGAGAUGUCCGAGGCGACAUCGUUUUUGACAGACUUGCUAUGUAUAGUCCUAUGUGUAGAGCAGUUGUGUUGUAGUAGUGCAGCUAUUUUAAAAUGCUGUUCGGUUGUCUGAGGAUGAGGUUUUCCAUCACGAGCAGAGGUGACGUGCGCUCCGUGUUGCGCGAGAACUCAUCACGUCUGCCAUUUUCAGGCGCGGCCAAAGAUCACUGAUAAAAGCAAUAUUAGCAGCUAAUAUAUUUGAUAACCAAUAUGCCUUUUGUAUCUACUGUAUUUUAAAGUUGUGUAAAAAAUGUUUAUAAAUCAUCCUUCAUUAAAUGUUUAUUUUUUAUUUUUAACAAACCAGCUCAGAGAACCGAUAUAUGGUCAUUUAUUGAUGAAGUCAUGCGGGUUUGACAAUAAACAAUGACAAAUCCCA